AAGACAUCCGUCCGCCCCGUCGUCCUGCUCCGCCCGCCUCGAGCUUGCAAACCACCACCGCGUUCCGCCUCCGCACCGCACUCCCCUCCCCCCUUAAACCCCGCCAUCAAUUCGCUCGCCACUACACCCCAACCCCUCACUCUCUCUCCUUCCACCUCACACUCUCCUCUCCUUCUCUCUCUACCACCUUUUCCCAUCCACCGCUCUCUCUCUCUCUCUCUCUGAAUCGAGCCAAGAGCACCGUCAUCUCUCACCGCCGCCGCCGUUACUCUCUCUAUCUCCCUUAUCUUUCCGCCAUGGGCGCGCCGCUCCGGCGCCGCCUCCUGCUGUCCCUCGCGUUCCUUGCCGCCGCCGCCUGCGCGGCGUCGGCGUCGGCGGCCCCGAGGCUGUCGCCCAACUACUACCGCCAGAGCUGCCCGCGCGUGGAGCGGAUCGUGUCGGACGUCAUCGCGGCCAAGCAGCGCGCGAACCCGUCCACGGCGGCGGGCACGCUGCGGCUCUUCUUCCACGACUGCUUCGUCAACGGCUGCGACGCCUCGGUGCUCGUCUCGCCGCUCUCCUCCGACGCGUCCCCGGAGCGCGCCGCGGAGAUCAACCUCUCCCUCCCGGGGGACGCCUUCGACGCCGUGGACCGCGCCAAGGCGGCGCUCGAGGCCGCCUGCCCCGGCGUGGUCUCCUGCGCCGACAUCCUGGCCCUCGCGGCGCGGGACCUCGUGGGCAUCCUGGGCGGGCCGCGGUUCCCCGUCGCGCUCGGCCGGCGCGACGCCCGCCGCUCCGACGCCCGCGACGUCGAGGGGAACCUGCCCCGCACCAACAUGUCGGCGCGCGCCAUGGUGCGGCUUUUCGCGGGCAAGGGCCUCACGCCCCGGGAGAUGGUGGCGCUGGCCGGCGCCCACACCGUGGGCUUCUCCCACUGCGGCGAGUUCGCGCACCGCAUCUACGGCUACCGCGGCGCCGGCGGGCACGACCCGCGGCUGAGCCCGGAGUUCGCGCGCGCGCUGCAGCGCUCCUGCGCGGGGUACCGGAGCGACCCCACGGUCUCCAUCUUCAACGACAUCGUGACGCCCCGGGACUUCGACGAGGCCUACUACAAGAACCUGCCCCGCGGGCUGGGGCUGCUCGCCUCCGACGCCGCGCUGUGGGAGUACCCGCCCACCCGGGUGUUCGCGGAGCGGUACGCCGGCAACCGCACCGCCUUCUUCGAGGACUUCGCCGCCGCGAUGCAGAGGCUCGGCGCCGUCGGCGUCAAGACCGGGCGCCAGGGCGUCGUCAGGCGCCGCUGCGACGCGCUCGACUGAGAGCUAGCGGACUUGUUGCGCAUUCCGUCGGUGGGUUCGAAUUCGAUAGGAUAGGAUUCGAUCGGGGAAGGAGGAGCUGUUCCCUGAACAUGAAAGUUGUGAUGAACAUUGUGGGGCGUUCGAAUUGUGAUGAACA